GCUUACAUGGCCUCCCUAUUUUGGCUGAUUGUGAGCUCCUGGUCGUCUCACCCCUCAGUCGGGCAGUGCAAACAGCAGCAGCGGCUUUUGGAGAACAUCCAGCUUGCCGAACGGUCUUGACUGCAUUGCACACUGAGCGAUGCUGUUCCGUUUCCGAUGAGGGCCGCUGCAAGUCAGAUUUGGCCGGGAUGUUUCCUUUCCUGGAAACAUGGGAGGGUUUCGCAGAGCUUGACGAGAAUUGGACGCCAAAGUGCAGCACUGACAAAGCCUGGCGUGAGACGCGUGUGCCUGCAUUCCUGGAAUGGCUUGCUGCGCAACCUGAGAAACGCAUAGUGGUAGUCGGCCACGGGGCAUUCUUCUCUGCACUGCUGGGCAGGUACUUGGCCAACUGUGAAGUGGCGGAGUUUGCCGAAUCAUGGCAUGGUGGACGAGAGCGACUGCGGGGCUGGCAAGGACUUUAA